AUGUCUUCCGCCUCUCCUGACCCGUCCAAUCCCUCGUUCUCCAUGUCCGCAUACAUGGUCCCCUCCAACCAGCACUCGUACGACUCCGAGGACGAAGUCGCCUCGCUGCCAUCCGAAUCUACCACGGACUCAGACCUCGAAACACUCUCGGAUGACUACUCCGAUGCCGAGGCGGAGUGGCGGGAAAGCAUCGAGCAAUUAGAGCUGCUUUUGACAAUGGUGCUUGUGCCGUUUAUUGGCAAAUACAUGGGACGGAAAUGCGCAUACUGGAGCUGGACACGGUUCAUGCAAUGGAAUUACCCGGUCGAGGUCGAAAUGCGGAGCCCGGGAAUCUUCAAAGCCACCGGAGCUAUCGAGGCCGCCGCAACCCUAUAA